AUGGGAAUACCACGUUUAUAUGCAGAAUAUGCAGCUAAUGUUACUAUUUAUGUAAUUGACAUCAACGAUUGCCCUCCCGUGUUUUCGAGAGAGUUGUAUGAGACAUCUGUUUUGGUUCCAACCUAUAAAGGUGUGAAAGUCAUUAGCGUAAAUGCCACUGAUGCCGAUUCAGGCAUUUUUUCACAAUUAAUGUAUUCCAUUAUUGAAGGCAACAUUGGAGAAAAAUUUUCAAUAAACCCUAAGACUGGAGAUAUAACAGUACAAAAUACAACUCAGUUAAGAAGCAGAUAUGAAUUAACAGUGAGAGCAUCUGAUGGCAGAUUUGCAAGCACUGCAUCUGUAAAAAUUAACGUGAAAGAAAGCAAAGCCAGCCGGCUGAAGUUCACACAGAGUUCUUACUCUGCAACAGUGCAGGAGAAUUCCACAGAGGCAAAAACAAUAGUUGUAGUUACUGCUAUAGGGAAUCAAAUAAAUGAGCCUUUGUUUUACCAUAUUCUAAACCCAGACAGCAGAUUUAAAAUAAGCCCAACUUCAGGAGUCCUUUCAACAACAGGAAUACCAUUUGAUCGCGAACGGCAAGAAUCUUUUGAUGUGGUCAUAGAAGUGACAGAGGGGUAUAAACCAUCAGUUGUUGCACACAUUGUAGUUGAAGUCACAGUGGAAGAUGUAAAUGAUAAUGCUCCAUUUUUUGUGAAUCUUCCGUAUUAUGCUGUCGUUAAAGUAGACUCUGAAGUAGGCCAUGUUAUUCGACGUGUCACUGCGGUAGAUAAAGAUACAGGCAGAAAUGGAGAGGUGCAUUACUAUCUGAAAGAACAUCAUGAACAUUUCCAAAUUGAUCCCACUGGUGAGAUCUCACUGAAGAAGAAGUUUGAACUAGACACACUAAAUAAGGAGUAUCUGGUCACAGUAGUGGCAAAAGAUGGAGGAGACCCUGCUUUUUCUGCUGAAGUUACAGUCCCAAUUACAGUUAUGAGUAAAGCUAUGCCAGUUUUCGAAAAGCCUUUCUACAGUGUAGAGAUACCAGAAAACAUUCAGCUCCAUAGUCCUGUGGUACAUGUACAGGCAAACAGCCCAGAAGGACUUAAGGUGUUUUACAGCAUCAUAGAUGGAGAUCCUUUCAAUCAGUUCACUAUCAACUUCAACACUGGAGUUAUAAAUGUUGUUGCCCUUCUUGACUUUGAGUCUCAUCCAGCCUACAAACUGAGUAUUCGAGCAACAGACUCCCUAACUGGGGCGCAUGCUGAUGUGUUUGUAGACAUAAUAGUGGAAGACAUCAAUGAUAAUCCACCUGUGUUUACAGAACAGUCUUACACUGCAACCCUUUCUGAGGCAUUUGUUGUUGGGACAUCUGUUGUACAAGUGAGCGCUACAGAUGCCGAUUCUGGAACAAACAGAGGGAUUUCCUAUCAAUUGGUUGAGGAGAAUAGUGAAAGUCAUGACUACUUCCACAUAGACAGCAGCACUGGACUUAUUCUUACAGCAAGAACUUUGGACUAUGAACAAAUUAAACAACAUAAGUUACUAGUAAGGGCAAUAGAUGGUGGCAUGCUGCCCUUGAGCAGUGAUACUGUUGUAACCGUUGAU